GGGAAAAGAAGAGAGGAAAAAAGCUUAGGCAGAGUAAGAUCUUUAGAAGAAGCGUUUUCUUUGUGUGUGGUUCCCCUCGGCGUGAGGACGGAGCGCUGGCUGUUAAUUACAAAGCCCUAUCAGCUGGAGAUGGCUAACUCGGUUGGAAUGACUUCUGGCUGUACAGUUCGGAGCGAAAUAAUUUGGAAUUGGGGUUUCUGAGCGGUUCUGGAAGCGGCAGGAUGCGUGCGUUGACGUGGCGCUACCUCCGAGGCCAGUGCUUGGCGUACGGCACGGCGCCUGGGCGCGUGUCGGACCGCGUCCUGCAGGGGGUCAGCUCUGCCCCAGGCAUUCCUCGUGGAUGCUGGGGGGAAGAAAUAAAAUUAAACUGCCUAAAAUUUGGGAGAAAAAGAGGAGAAAAAGGCAGAUAUGGCAGCAGUUGGUGCUACGGAUGUGAAGUUAAAACCGCAGAAAGGACCGGCUGCAAAUCGCAGCGCCCGUUGCGGGAUGAGCGGCCUGUCUCGUUUCCAAAUGAUGGCUUUCAGCAGAAACUUCAGCAAAUAGGAGCUCGUGCUCCUAAUAAAUGUGUGCAAGAUCCCGUUUGUCUCUUUUCCAGGCAGCGUUUCCCGCAGUGCGAUGUGUUUGUUCUUCUAGGUGAGCUGGUGACGAAACGAGCGCAGUAAUGGAGGGGGUUUUGGUUUGGUUCCCUGGAAUUUAUUUUUUUAGGACUUUUUUAAUGCCGCAACUGGUAACGUAGGGAUUGCGUUCCCACCCUAAUUAAAAGGCUAAUUGUAUUAUGCCACAGGAGGACGCUGUGGAACGAGAGCUGGGUGGUUUCAGUCCCUCUUAGAGCUUGGGUCGCCGCGGCUGCUGUCCCCGUGCCGCCGUGAGCCAGCACGAAAUACGGCGUUAGCUUCGGUCCUGAUGGGCAAGGUGAAGGCUGGCAUCUGUUACCUUGCCGUCGUGCGGGGUGUGCACGGGAUCAGCCCCGGGCAGCUGGCCCUGCCUGAAGCCUCGCACGUCUUUGGAGUGCCACGAGCUUCGCCAAGCAAAGCAGGGUUUUGUUGGACCGAGGCUCGGGCCAGCAAAUUCUCUCCGUGAGCAAGGGGAGAGCGUUUCCCACAGGAACAGGACUUGUGCGUUUAAAUGAGGGAGGGUGGUGAUAAAGGUAGCAAUCAGUCUCGCCCCUGAUUAAUGGCGUUGUUUCCUUAUCGAACCUGCAGUGGCAGCCCCGUGGAGGCGCGCUGUUACGGAGCAAUGGUAUCAUGCUCGUCGUAAAGGUGAACGCGUGGACUAACGUUUAACCCAUGGGAGAUGCCAACGCAGCAUGACGGAUGGAUGCGGUGGAGAGGGCUCCAUCUGACACCCAGAGUCUGAAGCCUCCUUUUAGGGAGGACGCAAGUUCCUCUUUUUCUCCCCUCUAAGAGGCAGGAGGGGGCCUGGGUUGUGUCUGGCCGCAUGCGGUGGCGGGGCCACGGGAGGCGUCGCUUCCCACGGAACCGCGAGCUCCACCUGGAAGUGGUUUUGGAAAUGCCCUGCGAGCCAGGCUGGAUGGGGGCGGCCCCGUUUCGCUUGAUGUGAUGCCCAGGCAGUGAUCAGCUCUGCUCCCAGGUGGAGGAGGAGUGUGGCCAGGCCAGCCGUGAGCCCGGAGCUCGCUUAGAGGCUGUCCUCUAGUCCUCAGCUAGGGGCUGGCAGCUCCUCCAAUUCAGACAGUCUCAGGACCUGUCAGAAACGGCCAGUUUCUGGCUACUAGAGGCUGCUAGACAGGAGGCUAACGAGGUUUGGGUGGCAGCCGUGAUUUUCUUGGUCUGUGUUUCUGGGCGAGGUUAAUUCCUCGUGGUGAGCACAACCUCCGGCGUCUGCUGCGGGGAUGCUGACGGGACCAGGAAGCAUCUAUGUGCCUUAAAAACUGCACAGGGGGCUUCGUGCCAGAAGAGCAAAACGCAGUGCCAGGCAAUUUCAGAUGUGUAAUUACACCCAAACAGGGCUUUAUUUUAUUAGUAAAUGGCGAAUGAUUAAUUUCUCCCUGGAUCAUUUUUCACUUAGGAAUUAUUCCAGGCUGUCUUCGCAGGGAGUUCAGAAUUUAUCUGGACAUACAGCAGCAGUUUGAAAUAGCUUCUAAAAUAAAACGACCUCGGGCGGUAAGUGCAUAGGAAGUGCUUUUUAAUCUGAUUUCACGCGUGCAGGAUGACCCACGGCAGUUAGCUGAAAAACUCCCCGUCGCCUUGGCCCGGAUCACCGAAGGUAUUUGAGAUUUCCCCCCUUAGGCGACGGUCACGGUGGCGGGAGGAGCUGUUCCAGCUGCAAGCAGUUUCUUUCUCCCCCCAGUUCUUGAAAUAAAGGUGGGCCAUGUGCUCUGCUGUACCUGCUGCCGCGUAAACCAACGGGGCUGGGGAGCGAGGCUCCACGUGCCAACAUUUUGGAGGCCUUCACCGUGCGACCUUGCUGGCGGCCAGGGGAUGGUGCUGAGCAUCGCGGCGCUUACCGAGCAGACCCCGUGGCUCCCCUGCAAGCCGGGGGAAGGAGAAAAGCCGAGCAGCAAACGGCUCCGAGCUGCUGGAGAGGCCCCUUUCCUCGCAGAGGUGCUGCUGGAUGCCCAAAGCCCGCGGAGCUGCUGCACGGGAUUUAGCACACCCAGAUCACAGCGGCCCCGUUGCUUCCCGCUCCACAAUAGCCGCCGAGAACAAAAGUGCCAGUGUGAUGUUGGUUGUUUAAUGCGAAGCGAGCGAUUUAUUUACAGGGGAGGCUUGAAGCCAUUAAGGGUGUAUUAAACUCCAGAUGCUUGUCGGCUUCACACACACACAAAAAAAAAAGUGGAAGAAAGGGAAGGAGGUGUUGCACGUUUUCUGGAAGAAAUCAGCUCUCUGAGCAUGGAGCAGCGUUCCAUUGAAGUUAAAGCCACGAGGAGGGUGCCCGGCUUGAAUAAUGGGGCAGAUUUUUUUUAUUUUUUUCCUUUUUUAAACUGGUCUUGAGACGGGGCUGUGCAGCGCCAGACGGCGAAGCGCGACGUGCCGAUUCUCCAUGCGGAGCAGGGUUGGCGAUAAGGAGCUGGCGCUGAGCACAGCGAGGGAAUCAACCAGAAAAUGGGUUAGGAAAGAGGAAAAAAAAAACCACAAACCCAACAGGAGUGGUGCUGUUCCUUCGAAACAAAUUAGGAAAUGAGCCAGAGGGAUUAUUGGUGAGAGCGGGUAUGUAAAAUUGGCCCCCUCUUGGAUAAGCCCUCUAAAUUAACUUCAGGUGGGUCUGCUGCUACCUAGCAGGCUGAGUUAUGCCUUACUGAGGAAACAGCUCGUGCUGGGGAGAGCCGUGCCUCUGGGGGUGCUGCUGCACCCUCACACCUUUAGGUACGGAGUUGGGGUGAUGGGAGGAGGAUGAGGAGCAGCCUGAUGCAGGCUGCCUCGCUCUUUCAGGGCUAGGAGCUGAUGCAAGCUUAGUGCCCCUCUUCUUCACUCGGUGCUGCUUCCCAUGGCAUCUAGUUUGCUGCUAUAUCAUCAAAAUUUAAGCUUUUUUCAGCAAUUGAAGGCCAGUUCUUCGGAGAGCACCAGGUGGGUCGUGUAACCCAGCCUUUCUGCUCCGUCUCCCUGCUGGGAAGAGGAGAGGGUUGGUGUAAAACGAGUACAGGGCCAGCACCCCGUGCUGGAAAGGCUAACGAGUCUAUUAAACGAGGUAACUGCUGACAUUGAUCGCUCAUCGAGUGCCUUCUGGAAAAGCGUGUGUGUCUACACAGGGGAAAGUUCGGGGACUGGCAGCUUCCAGUCCUGUGCUUACCCCGUACAGAAAGGUGUAAGGCCGGCCCCUGCGCCUCGGUGCCCUGCAGCCGCCGUUUCGUCCUCCCCAUGAUCCGUGGUUUUGCAUCCAUUCUAAAAUUAUUUCACCUGCCAAAGACGUCAGGCCCAGCAGCUCUUUAUUUCACGGUCAAUCUGAGCGGGGUUUCAGGUGAGCCAGGCGUGGUGCUGGAUGAGCUGGUAUAAAAAAAAAAAUGAGCCACCCGAUGUGAAGUGCUGGGGGAAUUUGGCAUGCUCACCGCAAGGCUGGCUGCCUACAGCACCCGGAGCGUCUGAAGGAUGAAAAUAAGCUCAGGCCACGUCUGGUAAGGGUUUUUCCAGCUGGGCUGGCGUGCCUCAUCAGUUUGUUCUGGUGUGGACACUUUAUUUUUGGCUCAGUAAAGCACCCGUGUGGCCACAUGAAACCUGGUAGAGGAGAGCUCGUCCAGGAGGGCAGCCUGCAUGGUUAGGGGUCGAUCUGGUUCCUUCUCUUUACGUCCACACCACAGAUUGCACUGAGUAGAUGAGACCUCUGUUUUAAUCCACGUGGCUUUGAAUUUAAUGUAGAAUUCAUGGGGUUUGUGUUGUGUUCUGCUGUUUUGGGUUGCUGUGCUCCUCCUGCGCCUGGUUUUCUUCCAGCUCUGGUGCCAGUAGCCACCGAUGGCAGCCGACGGCGCAGCAGAGGGACCCCGACACGGUCAUGAAUCCUCAGCAGAGGGCUUUAUCCUCAUAAUUUCUUUAAGCGCUUUAAAUGACUAUAAAAAUACUUCUGGCUGCUGACCAAGGCUUCUGGACUGAGCUACAACCACCAGGAAAUGUCUUAGCAGGCAUCGUCGUGCUGUGAGGGUUUCCUUACACCCGAAACUGCUCUCGCUUAUGAGGUACGACAGGAAUAAACAUGGCUUUUCUGGAACGGUGAAUGCUCAUUUCUGGAAUAAAUCAGUCAUUUGGUAAUGGCCAGCGGAAACUUCAGGUGAGGUGCCUGCUCACAAAGCCUGAGUGUCAGGAACCCUGCGGGAAUACCGUGAGUAUGUGAAGAAUACAAGUAACUACCUGAAGUUUCAACACAGCUACAAGGCUCGUGCCCUUUGGUCUGUGACUUUGGGGACGUUUGGGACCUUUCUGGAAGGAAAACGUGCGGAUAGGAAGAGUGUGGAGGUUGGAAAAGUAGAAAGUCUACAUCAAGUGAAGUCAGCUGUCUGGUUAGACUGGAAUUAAUUCCAAUUACGACCUGGAAAUGAGUUAUUGGAGCUUGUGGCACUGCCAUGUGCACAACUGGGGGGGGACCAGGAGGACCCGAGGUGCCCCCAGCCUCAGCCAGGCUGCGCUUCUGGGAAUCUGUUAGGUCUGGUUGGAAUCGAGUGGGCUUCACCUCUACGUAAUCACUAGCAAGACCCCUGGAUUUAUCCCAGUUGCUGGAUUUAUCCGAGACUGUAGCUGGACGCAACCAUUUCCAAAUCUGCCGCGCUUCAACCAGGCACUGUGCAGGAUGCGUGCCCAGAAAACCAAGAGCAGACACCGAUGUGAACACACUGCCCAUGAGAAGCACUGCUCUCGGUGACCCUUGCCGACUCAAGAACACGAGGUCCAGUGGUUUCAGUCUACGACCAGUUUUAUUUAUAAGAACAGCGUCGUUCUGAGGGGUGUCAAGAGUAGAGUGCCUCGAUCCGAGCACCUUUUCUCCUAAAGAAAGCGGUGCCCGAAGCAUCGGUCACCUCGCAGGCUUGUUUCCCAGUGAGCUGGGUGGGUACUGCACUUUGGUGGUUAUAUUCUGGUAAUGUUAUUACACUUUUUUAUUUUAAUAGAAGUCCUUAAAGUUGUAUGGCGCUACGGAGAAAGCAGCAGUGUACCCUUUCAGGAAACCCUGGCCCGCUGAGCUGCUCUGUUAAGGUUUGGUGUGAAAUCUCUGCCGCGCUCUCCCUGUUUUUUCCGUGGCAAUGGCAAAAUAAGGCCCUGGGAAGGUUACGGUUGACUCGUUUCAACCAGAAAUUUUCGCUUUCCUUCAACGUGCGUCGGCAUCUUAGGCCCUGCCUUAACGGAGGUACUUGACUUACUGUUUUGGGGUGGUUUUGACGUUAUGGUCUGGUGUGUAAGGAGGGCUGGACAACAGCAUCCAGCUCCGUUAGCCUCUUUUAGGGCAGAUUGUGAGCUGGAAAGUGGUUUGGCUUUAGCUGUAGCCUCAGUGGGCUUGCACACCAGCCAGGUGUGUGAGUAAACGUGUGAGCAAACCCUUCCUCCCAAACGCUUGGGAGCACAGCUCUCUGGUUUUAAUCACUCUCCCCCGAGCUGGGGCUCGCAGACCAGCCUCACCCCAACAUUUAGGCUAUUGCUGUGCACUACAGCAAUGUGGGCACCCCAAGGAUGAAAAUCUCCUACAUAAAUACCUGCGGUUCCCCUCUGCCUCCAUCCCGCUGUGUUGGAGGAGGCCAAAUUAACGGGGUCGGCUCUGAUGCUCCACAAGGAAUUUAGGAGCUCUUAGCAGAAGCCUUUCAUUUCACGUGCCUCUUGUUAUUAGAGGCGUGUAGGAGAGAAACCAGCCCUACAGACACAAAGUAAAAGGAUUCCAUCCAUGCCCCGGAUCCUUUUCUGUGAGCCGUGAACCCACGGUAUCGAAGCUGGAAGGCAGCAGCUGAGGCUUUUCUCUGUAGUCGCUGGAGGGAGGCUGGUGCUUCGCGAGGAGUUGGCUACGCUCUGGAUUCCGGCUGAGCAGACAGCAUUGAGCGGGGUGAAAUGCUUUGGAGAUUAUUUUUGGCUUUUUGGGAAGUUCAGUAACGCUUCGGAAAGAUCUAGCUGGAUUUCUUCGUGUUUGUAAGCAAGAAGCCGUGCCGAAAUGUCUUAGGAGGACAGAGGAAGAACGAGCGUUGUGCGCAUGGAUGCAGAGCUCCCUCCUCCUAAAGCCUAGGGUCUGCUGGCCGGGGAGCUCUCCGUUGAGCAUGUCGGCCUGCCGAGCUGCCCGUGGCCUUUUCACGAGGAACAGGGUGGUUGCAAACAUCUUGGCCAGCUGGACAGGUCCUCAGGAGGUGAUAGAUUGCAGCCAGAGGUAGGGCAGGAUUGGCACGCGUGCGUUAUCGUGAUCUAUGCAGUGCUGUCGCGAUAACAGGUGUUCCGGCGGUGUGCCCAGUGGCUUGCUUGGCUCCUUUCAAGCCUCCUUUCAAUGUCUUGGUCUCGCUGCUGCUCCAGAAACUUCAUCUCGUCCCCGUUCGAUGACGUUUGAGCAGGGAGCUUGCCCUUGGUGCUGCCCAGGGGAUGUUCUCCCCGUGUUUGAGGUGCAGCUUUUGUUCGUCAACACAGGUGUGCUUGAAUCAACUGCAGAAAACGAUUUUGGAAAGCGUCCUGUUCUGAGGGUGGGGCUCUCUAAAAUAAUUGCAUCCUUGGUUUUGGUGUCUCGGAGCUGGAACUGCCUUUGGAAGAGCUGCCCGUAACGUUCGGUACGCUGAGGUACGAAAGGCAUCGUAAGGCACCUGGAAGCAAGCCACUGGAAACCAGCUGGUGAUGGGGGGGAAAUCUGUCAUGUUUCAGCUCCUUGGUCAGGGGGUUUGAGGUAGAAAUAAAUGCACCUAAAUACUGGCUGCUUCCCACCAUGCCUGUUCCUCUGUUCCUUGUCUGCGGCAGUCGGUUCCUGGCUUCCGAGCUUGUGCUGCUUAAAAGCUGCUGCAAAAGAUGCUACAGCCUUGGACGUGCCUCGUCCCUUCUUACUCUCUCCCAAAUUCAGCACAAGACUCUGGUUCUCUCCUUUGGCCUCCUUUUGCCUUCCACCAAACACCUCAAUUUGUAAGGUGUCCUCCACUCUCCUCCGAUUCUUCCACGGAGUGUCCCACGUUUGUAAUCAUCUCUCUUGCAAGGUGUCAAGUCUUACUCUUCCUGCAUUCUGGCUGCUGGCUAGGUUGGCCAAAAUAACCUUGGCCAAGUGCUCUUCCUCCUGGUCCCAUCGUUCCUGCCAUUGCCUUGCAUGGUGGUCAUGAUGAUGUGUUGGUUUUUUUGGUUUUUUUUUGGUUGCCAUAAGUCUGUUGAUUAUUUUGAUAAGUUACUGAAAGCUUUGGAAGCGCAAAGCCGGGUGCGAUGGCAUCUCUUGUUGGAGCUCGUGGGGCAGCUACCCGGCCCUGCAGCCAGGCUCUCUCCUCCCAAAAAGCUGAACAGAUUUCCACGAAGAGGGUGUUGGUGAAGAGUUUUUAAUUCUGUGGCUGUGUUUGCGGGGUCAGAACUCCAAGAAGCCCUGCUGGUGUGAUGUGCUGUUCUUUGCCACCUACAUAUUGUAGAUAUACACUGAAAAUACCCGAGCCCUUCCUGUCGUGUUCCCUCUGCCCAGAUUUAUGCUCAUGCUGCAUGGUCCAGUGCACUGCUGACCAUGUAAGCUGCUACUUUACUCAGUGCUUUACCACUAGAUAAUUUAAAUAUGCUUUAUGUAACGUUUGUGCUUAGCUGGUAAGGAUUGUGCCUGCUUCUGGCCUCUAAAAAGUAAGGCAGCAAAAGUCUGUAGGACGCAGCCUGCUGCCCGUGAGCUGUGCUCUCGGCGUGACGCUGAGCUGCUGAGGCCGGAGGAGCGGGGCUGAGCACUGCCGCUGAGCAUCUCCCCUUACAGCUCGGUCCAGGAGAGGCAGAACUGAGUUCCAGCUUUGGGCAGGUACGUGUGGGCAGGGCUCUUCAUCUCAGGGUUACCAGGUUCCUUAAAAACCUUCCCUCCAGCAAAGACGCCUGCCUCUGGGUGCUGUGCGUGCUGUUUGGAAGCAGGGAUUUUCUCCAAACACUUCAAGUUCCUCCUCUUCCUCCUGCCUCUAUUGAUGGAAGAACACGGGGUGACCCAAACAGAGCACAUGGCCACCAUCGAGGCCCACGCAGUGGCCCAGCAGGUGCAGCAGGUCCACGUGGCCACCUACACGGAGCACAGCAUGCUGAGCGCGGACGAAGACUCGCCGUCUUCCCCCGAGGACACCUCCUACGAUGACUCUGACAUCCUCAACUCCACGGCUGCCGACGAGGUCACGGCGCACUUGGCCGCGGCAGGCCCCGUGGGGAUGGCAGCAGCCGCUGCGGUGGCAACGGGUAAAAAACGAAAGCGACCCCACGUUUUUGAAUCCAACCCGUCGAUCCGCAAGAGGCAGCAGACGCGUUUGCUACGGAAGCUCCGAGCAACGCUGGAUGAGUACACCACCAGAGUGGGGCAGCAGGCCAUCGUCCUGUGCAUCUCACCCUCCAAACCCAACCCCGUCUUCAAAGUAUUUGGAGCUGCACCCUUAGAAAAUGUGGUACGCAAGUACAAGAGCAUGAUUCUGGAAGACCUGGAGUCUGCGCUAGCGGAGCAUGCUCCCGCGCCUCAGGAGGUUAACUCGGAGCUGCCACCCCUCACCAUCGACGGCAUUCCUGUCUCAGUGGACAAGAUGACCCAGGCACAGCUGCGAGCUUUCAUCCCGGAGAUGCUGAAAUACUCCACGGGUCGCGGCAAGCCAGGCUGGGGCAAGGAGAGCUGCAAGCCCAUCUGGUGGCCUGAGGACAUCCCGUGGGCCAACGUCCGCAGCGACGUCCGCACGGAAGAACAGAAGCAGCGGGUGUCGUGGACCCAGGCGUUGCGGACUAUCGUGAAGAACUGCUACAAGCAGCAUGGCCGUGAGGACCUGCUCUACGCGUUCGAGGACCAGCAGACGCAGCAGCAGACCACGACCACACACAGCAUAGCGCACCUGGUGCCGUCACAGACAGUGGUACAAACCUUCAGCAACCCCGAUGGCACCGUGUCCCUCAUCCAGGUUGGCACCGGUGCUACAGUUGCCACGCUGGCUGAUGCCUCCGAGUUGCCUACCACGGUCACCGUCGCACAAGUCAAUUAUUCCGCAGUGACUGACGGGGAGGUGGAGCAGAACUGGGCAACGCUACAGGGGGGUGAGAUGACCAUCCAGACGACGCAGGCAUCAGAGGCCACGCAGGCAGUGGCAUCGUUAGCAGAAGCAGCAGUGGCAGCAUCUCAGGAGAUGCAACAAGGAGCAACUGUUACCAUGGCACUCAACAGUGAAGCAGCAGCCCACGCGGUAGCCACGCUUGCUGAAGCCACUCUCCAAGGUGGAGGACAGAUCGUCCUGUCUGGUGAAACCGCGGCGGCAGUAGGAGCGCUUACCGGAGUCCAAGAUGCCAAUGGCAUCCUAGCAGCAGACUGUUCAGGUUGCAAGUGGAGCCUAGCAGAGAGUUUAUCAGCAAAGCCAGCCGAUCAAGGAAGCUUAGAAGGGUUAUUCGUUAAGCUUUCGUCUGUGGAGCACGAUGAUUGCAGGUGGAGGACUUCUGGUGUGUCAGGAAAGGGCUGCAAGGACAGAGAUGCGUGGUGGUUGUGAAGUGCCAUCGGUGAAGGAGGUGUUUGUCCCCACUGCUCGAAGACUGGGGGUCGUGGCUGUGCCAGGGACGAGUCUGGGUAUCAGGCUGGCUCACUGGGGCCUUCAGAGGAGAUAAUUCCGUGGACACAGCUCAGUCCCUGUCUCUAUGUCAUUAAAUAGGUUGGGGACUGAGGUUUUUGUCAAUCAGGAAUCUCAGCCCCAGUGUUUUUUGUAUCAAAGUAUUGAAACUUCAGAAAACAAGCAAGCAAAAACUUGAAAAAAAAAAAAAUAAGAAAAAGCACAAAAAAAACCAACCCCACAAACAGAGCAAACAACAACAAAAAGCAAACUCCCAAACAAAAACCCCAAAAGCAUCGUAAUCCACUUUGGGGUACUUGUUAGUCACUUGACAAGUGAGAGUGGUGUCCUCUAGAUCCUAACUUCAGGAUGAGGACCGGGCUUGGAUAUUCUCUUGGCCUGUGUCUGGAACAAUUUGGGAGGUACACACACACCAGCCCUGCUGUGGUCUGCUGGAAGGAGCCCUGAGUGUCCGAGCAGUCCCUUCAUGAGGCUGUUUUGCCUUCCUCUCCUAUAGAGGCAGGACCAAGGAAUAAGGGAGAUGAGCCCAAAGGCGUUUCAGAUCCUGGCUGAGCUGUGACCCUUCCCUCCAUGUAGAGAGGAAGAAAAUAGAGGUGUAUACAAGACGUUAGUGUUGUCUCCUGUGCUUAUCUUCUGUUCUCAGGAAGAGUUGAGGCUAUGCUGUAACCUCCUGGACUGCAACGCUCAGCUCAGAGCUCUGUGAGCGGCCGUGACUCUUCUCUGCUAUCAAACUUCAGGUCCCUUGUUAGAGCUUUUUGUUGUGGUUUUGACCCAAAAGGGAUUGAAAAGACAGAUGAUGGCUGACCUUGAGGUAUGCUUGAGGUUGGCAAGCAGAAUAAGGACAGCGGCUUUUUUCAAAUUAUCGUUUGAUGGAACAGUUUUUUGUGUUUGGAUAUGAAUGACACAGAGGAUGUGUAGGGGUGAGCUGUGACUGUUGUGUGCCUAGAAAGUUCUCCAAGCUUAAAGAACUGCGUGGACUUCUUGUGAUUUGUCAGUGAGGCAUUUCUGAUCGUGGAAGUCCUUCCAACCAUCAUCUUGUUGUAAGAGAUGUCUAAUUUGAGUUAGACAUUGAUCCUCCAGCAAUCGUUAGCAGAGAGAGGCACGCUUUCAGAUGACAGUUCAUCUUAAAGUAGGUGCCUUUAUGAAACGUCUUCUUCCUUUGUCACCACUGAGCACGGUAGGACCCUUUUAAAUGCUUGGCUUUGGGUGAAACCCCAUCCACGGUGUCAUGUCAACACCUUAUCUUAAGGAACGUGUAUUUUGCAAAUGUUUCUUCUCCAGAGUCAGGGAUUUCUCAGGGUAAUGUGACUUUGGCAGCACUCAUUGGAGCUGGUGCACUUUGUAUGUGCUGGAGAGCUGUGCUGGUUUUCUGAAGACACUUGCUCCUGCCUGUUGCCUGUCCUUCCUCCCUCCUGAAGGCCUCUCAAGUUAGUCCCCCAGAAGAGAGGUGGUCAGGAUGAUGAUUUCUGGACAUCUUGGCAAGCCAAUUUCCAGUUGGCUUUCUGACUGUAUGAGUGUCCUUUCUAAAACCGGCAGCAGUAAAGGUAGUAGAGGCCCUGUUGCUCUGCCAGGUUGCUAAAAGAAAAAUGGUAUGUGGCUGGAAGAAAGGGGUGCAUCCCCUGGUUGACUAGGAACUGGAUUUACUGUCAAGAAAUACCUCUAGUGCCGACUGAUUUGUCCAGCGUGUCCUAGCACUGUCUUAGACUUGCUUGGCUGGUGACCCUCCCAUCUGUGGACCAUCGCUUCUUUACAUCGAGUGGAGCCUGCGAAAUCUUGUUCACGUAACAGGCUGGAAGGGAAUUCAAGUGGUUGCUUACACCAGCCCCCUGCCUGAGCCACCGUCAGUCUCAGCUGGCUCUAAAAGACAUCCAGUGCUGUUUCCCCACGCAGGUUGAUCCGGAGCUUCACAAACGUAUGUUUAAUGGAUAUCCCCCUGAUAUCUAGAGCAGCUUUCCAUGCUGCUCUUAAAAACUCUGUCUUAUUCUUUCCUACUGUGGAAAAGGUGAUCGGGUUAGUCUCCUUUUCACAUCAGUUUUGAUGGAUUUGCGGGCUGUGCCAUGUAUACAGACCAAGGCGUGCCCAGUGCUGUUUCAAUUUCACUGUGCUGCCCACUGAGAGCAAACGUUUCCUUGCUUGGAGAUCUCCCCGAAUCUCUUCUUCGUCCAUUAACACCUGCACACUGCUUAAUUUGGCUCAUCUACAGGAGUUCUUCCAUCGUGGCUUCAAAUGUUGCCUUCGGCUCUGCGCCAAGGGCUGCAAUAAGGGUACCUGCUGGGCUGCCUGGCCCCGUGGUGCGUUCCCUGAGCACAGGGCUUCUCGGCUCUAUGCCUCCAGAGGAGGGGGAAAGAAAUUGCAGGAAUAUCUGCUGCAAGCUGCUGGGGCAGGGUCAUGCUAAGCAGAGUUUGUGCUGGAUUCCCUUCAGUGCUAGCUAAGGAGACCGAAGCAAGCCAAAGGAGCUGGAGGUCAACAGCCAAGGAAUCCCAGUGGAAAAUUUCCCUCCUUUCAGCCUUCUCCAUCCUUGGCCAGAGCACCAUAAAGCCUUCAGAGCUCCAGCAGUGCUCAGGGGGACCUGUGAGGCUGCUGGCAGGGGUCUUCUGGCUCUGCAGUGCUUGCGGAUGUCCAAAGGAAAUGAUGAACCAGGCAACCUCCAGCACUUACACCCUUUGGUGUCCAAGAGAGCAGAGCAAGACCUACCGACUUCUACACUCACUGCUUUGGAUCUGCUUUCUCUGCUCAAGUGCCAAUAGAUCCCCAGGAGCAGCACUGCAUGCAACCAGCCGUGGCUUUUGGCUUCUGCUGAUCCGAAGUGGGCUCUGGGCUCCGUUUGGAAGACGACGAUGUCCCUCCGUUGAGGUCUUGGCAUUUGAUUGAUAGGUUAUGUCACCUUGAAUCGAAAACCAAAAAGUACCGUGCUCUGUUGGGGGUCUCCAAGGUGAUUGCUGGGGUCAUUGUGCAUUAUCUGUUUUGCCCCAUAAAAGGAAUCCCAAGAGCAAUAUUCUGUGCUACGUGGUGGCUCUGGAGCCGUGCUCCUCACCGCUCCAUGCCAGGCACCCAUGGCAGUGAUUCUUGUGGCUUGGCAGCUCUUAGAACAGCAAACUCGCCUCUGUUAAUGGCGUGCCUCUCAAAGUCUUCCUUCGCUGCCCUCCCUGAGGAUGUAUCGAAAAAAAUUGUACCAUCUUCUCUUGCCCACCAUGCUGGCAUCAGGCUGGAUCUGCGCUGCAGGGCUGAGUAUCUUUGGACUUUCGGGUCCCUGGUGCUGGAGCCAUAUCGCAUGGUUUCUCAGUUUGCCUCUUGCUUCCUCACAAUCCUCCCUUUCCUGAGGCUGUUCCCGCACGUUUGCAGAAGAUCUGCUCUGUUGAAGUUGGUGCUACAAAGGAGGAGGACGUUGCAGCUCAUGAAAGAAGAGGAGACCGCUUCCUUCCCCGAAGGCAGGUUCAGCAUGGUGGCGGUGGCCACGUUGUCGUGGCUGGCCAGGAAUGGGACUAGUUUCUGUCUCAUCUGGUGAAGAACGGAGCUGUGUCCUGUCUCCCGGUCCUCCAGGACUUUGCUGUGGUGCUGCUGUUUGAGAACCAGGCAGAAAAUGUUACGCGUGAGCUCCUGCUCUUCAGGCUUUCCGUGGUGCCAAGGCAUUCACCGUCUCAGCUGGGAGGAGGAUGUCUCCCUCUCCCAGAGAGGGCAGUGGGGAGAUGCCUGGGGAUCACGCACUGUUUGGUUUCUCCCAGCCAUCUGCGAGUUCAGGUAUUUAGCGGGAGCAUCAGACGUCCAGAGGCGUUGCACUGAGUGUCCGUGCGGUCCCCGUACAGGUCCGUGUGGUCCAUACAGGUCCAUGUGGUCCCCAUACAGGUCGCUGAGGCAAUCGAUGCCUUGGCACCAGCAACGACUUUUCUCCCCAGAGGUCCAUCUCAAGGUUUGCAGAACCUGACCGUCCAGCUGAAAACUCACGCUGCUGCUGUAAUGCGAGCGUAGCUCCUAUUCUCAGGAAAUAGGCAGCUUGUGGAAGUGAGUGGGUCUGCUCGGCUGGGUGCCGUGCGUGUGCUUUGAGCACCUUGGCUAAAACUGCUGGAGGAGAGGAGAUGAGGAUGCACCGUGGGGAACGGACUCAGCCCCAGGUACCAGAAAGGAAAAGCCUGUCUUGUGUCCCUGUCCCAGGUCUGGUGGGACUGGGGAUGUCUGCAGCUGCGGGAGUUUGUGGUCUCUUCCUUGUGCUGUGCUUGCUUUGAUCGCAAAGUGUUAAGGUUAAGCAGAAACUGCCUCUGACCCCAGUCCCCUGAGCAUUGACUGCCCUGGAUGUCUGGGGGCUGCUGAACCCCAAUGCCAAUUCCCAGGGCCCUGACUCAGCCCAGCCGCCCGUUCUUCUCCCCCAAACCCUUCCCUGUGCUUUAAUGCAGCCAGUAAACCUGCAAUUUGGGAUCGAAGCGGCUGUCCUCGUGCUGCUGCUCACCCUCCCUCCCUGCCAGGUAAGGUGUCUGCCAGCCACUGCUUGAUUUUUGGCCUCUGAAUCCCGUGGUUUCCCCAGACACAGGUGGAGCCUGAUCCUCACCCUUCUCCUGUGGGCUGUAACCCCUGCUGGAGUGCUGUUUUCUCCCUGUGGCCCCUUGCAGUCCCCCAGCUCAAAUCCAGCUGCGGAGAUCACCAGACCUGGCAUUAGAGUACGUCUGGAGCCUUCCCCGAGCCUGGUGUCCCUGAUCUCUUCCAACUCCUGAUCAGUGGUGCCCCUCUCAGCCCCGGGGCCUUCCCACAGCUCCCCAUCUCCCCCGGGUGCUGAGCACCCCUGCCCCUCCGCAGCCAGCGGGCGAUGCGGUCGCCUCCUCCCUGGCCAGGAUCCUGCCCAGCGCCCUUGUGCGAGGUCGGCGAGGGGCAGAGCCUGGGUGCUGGCUGCAGCCCAGCUCCCUGCCUGGAUGCUCCCCGGCUGGUCCGAGCCCUUUCCGGCACCGAGGUGAGGCUGGUGGCCUUGCUGAGCUCUGCGCCUCGCUCAGCACCACUGCUUCCCAGGGACCUUUUCCAGCAGCACCUUGCCAGCACCCUGCUGGGAGGAAGUCCCUGCGCAAAGGGGAGGCAGGAGCCCAGCCGCCUCAUCCCGUGCGUGUUGGGAGCCCGCUGGCGUUGUGUCCCUGCUCGGUGCAUUAUUCAUCACCUCUCCCCGGGUAGGAGCAGCUCCGGGCUGCGUGCGGAGCUGGCGCGAGCCCUCCUCCGUCGCUCCCUGGGGCUUUCCCCCACCCUGCACCCAGCACAACUUGACUUUCUUGGCAGUUAUGUAUUUUUCAGGGUCUCGAAGGUGUUUUUUUUUUUUUUUUUAUAUUGUCUAAUGGAUUUCCUGUUUUUAAUACAACUGAAAGGGUCUGAAAUCCACGCUUUAGAUUAACAUAUGCCAGUUAGAUUAGGGCUAAUCAGGGCGCGGGGCUGAGCAGAUGCAGCACAGGGCCAAUCCUAGGCCUGAUUACAGCAUCUCAGGAGUUUAAUCGUCUCUCCCCCAAGGGCGAUCAUCUCUGCUUUAAUGCACAGCAGACUUUCCAGCCCUCGCCCUCUCCUCCUUUGGUUUGUUACCGCUCCUGCCAGGACGGCCGCUGCGUCAGAUGCUGAGGCGAUUUGCUUUAAUCCCGCGCAGAAAAAAAAGGGAUCUGCCUGUCGCCGUCUCUCGCGGAGACAUCCCUGUUCUUCUGCGCGCCGUGCCCGAGACGUGGCCAGCCUUUGCCAAGCCUUGCGUGACACAGGCUCAUCCUUCCCCAAAAAAAGCCCCGUUUGCUUUUUCCAUCUCGUCAUCUUUUGGUAGAGCCCGUUUUUGGCAGCCUGGUUGGGGCCAGCGCGUGUUUGAGCCGUGCAGAGGGACCAGGCUGCUCCCAACAUGAACGGUGACCCUCGUCCUCGGGUUGGCCGUGGGGACCGGACUCAUCUCGGAGAGCUGCAGCAGAUUCCCUCGGGUUAGCAGCCCAACUCACCCCAAAGGCUUAGUGGAGCUGUUGGUCUGGAGCCUGUAGCGGGGAUUUCAGGUGCAUCCCAGGCCGCAUGCCCUGCUCGGUGCCAAGAACCCGCUUAAAGCAGGCUGUGCCGCGGUCCUUGGCGGUCUUACUGGAGAUUUGCUUCAACGGGGCCGAGCGUGAGCUCUCACCUCUUGUAGCCUAAAACUCUUAUCUGUUAGAAAACACCCCAAGAACUUCGUGCUUCUGCCUCUGUGACAGCCGUAGCUGUCAGCGUUGGACCGUCACCCCAGGAAGGCGGCCCCGCGGUGGGGCUGAGCUGGAUGAACCCGUAGGUGUCCCCGUUUGGAGCGGGGACAGCUCUUUAUGCUGGGGGGCUGCGAAACCUUCCCGUCUGCAGAGCGCUCGGAGAUCCUGAGAGGUGUCAGAGCAAAGCACACUGAACUCCGCCGGGGUCACCCACCUGGUCAGCACGAUUAGCUCCUAAGCUUUCCUGUCUGCACAGCGAGUUAUCUGAGGACACCGCGCCCCGCUCGGCCGCCUCACGGCAUUAAACCAGUGCCCUUGGCAGGACGGAGGGCCCUGCCGGCCACAGCAACCCCAAGCAGAAGCGAUCCUGCUGCCAUUUCGGGAAAGCCCGGAUCAGGAGCCUGCUGCCCUGAUCCCUUUGGGUUUUGUUUAGGGUUUUGUUUAGCCCCUGCGCAGGCCGGGAGUUGCGAUUUCAGGGGAAGGAUUUGGGGACCCCUAAAAGCCUUUUUGUCCCAACGGAUGUGGAAAGUUUCAGAAAUGUCCUACGCAGGUGCCCUAAAUCACGCUUUGAGAAGCCCCCUCCCAUCCAAGGACAGCCGUGGACGGAGGCAGAUGAAGCCUGGUGCCACCCCAGUAUUCUCGUGCCAGCCCGUAGGCUUUGUUACUCCUUCGACAUGCUGCGAGAUCCCUUCCCCUGCCUGCCAUCCAGGUGUUUCUUGCAGUGCCGGCGCUGCUGCCUGCAGGUGUUUUCUACCUCUUGUAAUCAUUCACAUCACGAUAUCCUCAGGGCCUCGUUCUUUUCUGUUGUCACCCUGGCUGCUACCAGCUAACCCCAGCCCCUCACGUUCACCACGGCAGCGCUUUCCUCCAGGAACGUGCCCAAAGCUUUGCGGGCUCAGCGAGGCUCCAGCUUCGAGCCCUUUCUGGGGCUGAGCCGCCCGUAGCAAGAAGACAUUUCCCACGUGCCGGACCCAGCUCAUGGGCGGGGAAGGGCCGAGAGGCUCCGUUUGCUUUCCUCCAUCUGCCGUGUCGUAUAUUUGUGCGCGACGAGAGCCUGCAGCCACGCUGCCCCGCGUGCAGCGGAGGCAGGAGGACGGGGCUGGGACGGGGGGGCGAGCCGGAGGCGAGUUGGUUCGGAGGGGCUGAGUUGGUUUGGAGGGGCUGGGAGCCCUGCCUGGGUGCUGGGUGAUGCUGAUGGGAUCCUUUUCUUGUGUUGGGAAGGUGUUUGAGUCAUUUAUGGUGUUACAGGAGAUGGAAGAGCUUCCCCCUUGGCGCGUUUCUUCUUUCUUUCCUCUUUCAUGUUUUGUGGCUCCCCGCUGCUCUGUGCCACCUCCUCCUGCCCGGACAGCCCCAUGGGUUGGGCUGCUGCCCCAAAACCCCGGCCAGCUCGUCCCCGCGUGCUGGAUCCUCCGCUCCUAGCACGCUGGAGGCAGCACUGGGGCUUCUCUGGUGUGGUCGUGAGGGCUGAGCUCGAUCACCCUGGAGCUCUGAGCGGUUACGCGAGCGUGACCCCCCCGUGGGUGCCGUGUGCUGUUGGGGUGGGAGCCUCGAGUCUUCCCCAGCUGCCGGCUGCCCCUGAGAACCGAAGGCCCACAGGACCCUCGGUGCCUCCACGCAGCCCAAAACCCCUUUUUGGGACCGCGCCGCCCUCAU